UCAGAUAGGUUUCAAUUGGUGCAGCUGAAAUAAAAAAAAAAUGUUUCUGGUGUUGGGGUUGAUUUUGGGUAGCGCCAUAUUUGUGGGUCUACUCAUCUAUCAGCUGAAGUUUAAGCACCUCAUCGAGGUGACACGAGACUUGGGCAGUCCGCCAUCGUUGCCUUUGGUCGGACAUGCACAUCACUUCAUUGGAAAAGCACCACAUGAGUUGAUGCAGACCAUUUUCAACUUCUUGGAAAAGUAUGGCAAGGAUAUGACCCUGAAGAUUUGGCUGGGUCCGGAGCUCAAUUUAUUAAUGAGCAAUCCCGAAGAUUUAAAGAUCAUUCUAGGCACACUACUCUUUAAUGACAAGGCUGGCGAAUAUAAAGCCUUAGAGCCAUGGCUUAAGGAGGGUCUACUUGUUAGUGGUGGCCGCAAAUGGCAUAAUCGAAGAAAGAUUAUUACGCCCGCCUUCCAUUUCAAGAUUCUCGAGCAGUAUAUCAAUAUAUUUCAGCAGCAGUCUGUACUCCUUUUAAGCAACUUGGAGAAAGAGCGGCGACAGCAGGGACAGACGGGUUUCAAUCUAUACGAUUGGAUUAAUCUGUGCACCAUGGACACAAUUUGUGAAACAGCCAUGGGUGUCUCAGUCAAUGCCCAGACCAAUGUGGACUCGGAGUAUGUCCAAGCGGUGAAGACCAUAUCGAUGGUGUUGCAUAAGCGAAUGUUCAACAUAUUCUAUCGCUUUGAUUUGACCUACAUGCUUACCCCGUUGGCCAGAGCGGAGAAACGUGCUCUCAAUGUGCUCCACAAUUUCACGGAGAAGAUUAUUGUGCAGCGGCGGGAGGAGCUGCUGCGUGCAGGGCAACAGGAUACUGAGCCCCAGAGUGCAGGUGAUGCAGAUGUAGGUGCGAAGCGCAAGAUGGCAUUUUUGGACAUCCUUCUACAGUCGACUAUUGAUGACAAGCCGCUGACCAAUAUGGAUAUACGCGAGGAGGUUGAUACCUUCAUGUUCGAGGGUCAUGAUACUACCUCGUCGGCCAUAAUGUUCUUCUUCUAUAACAUUGCAACGUAUCCGGAUUGCCAGCGCAAGUGCCUUGAUGAGAUUAUCUCAGUGAUGGGCAAGGAUAAGGAGUCGCCGGUCACUUAUAAUAUGUUGAACAAGCUGUCCUAUGUUGAUCUGUGCAUCAAGGAGACGCUGCGCAUGUAUCCAUCGGUGCCGCUGCUGGGACGCAAGGUGCUCAAGGAGUGCGAAAUAAAUGGCAAAAUAAUUCCUGCUGGCUCCAACAUUGGCAUUUCCCCGCUGUAUUUGGGCCGCCGUGAGGACCUCUUCAGUGAUCCAAAUACCUUCAAGCCAGAGCGCUUUGAUGUAGUUACCAGUGCCGAGAAGCAAAACCCCUAUGCCUAUAUACCCUUUUCGGCGGGACCGCGUAACUGCAUUGGCCAGAAGUUUGCCAUCUUGGAGAUCAAGGCGGUUGUCGCUAAUGUCCUGCGUCACUAUGAGAUUGAGUUUGUGGGCAAUGCGGCAGAGCCGCCAGUGCUCAUUGCUGAAUUGAUCCUGCGCACUAAGGAUCCACUCAUGUUCAAGCUGAAGGAGCGCGUCUAUUAAAUACUACUCACAUUUUUUUUUUUUGAGCGCCUUGUAUAUAUUUUAAUAAAUUUUAUGAACAUAUAAUAAUUAUAAUA